AUAAUUUCCACAGAGAACCUAUCCAUCGCAAAAGAUCACUUUUACUUUUAUAAAAAGACAUCGCAACUCGUUGUCCAAUUUCAAUCUCUGAAUUUGACUUGUAAAUUGACAUUUCUCGACCAUGGCAACCGUUCCUCCCCCUCCAAGCAAAAGGCAAAAGACUGAUGCUCUUAUGAAAGCAAGAGCACAGCAAGAGAUAGAAGAGAUACCUGCUGACGCUGGGAAUCUUCUUAUUCAAUUCGUAAACAGAAUUACAGGUGAACCGAUUGGAGAGGGCCCAAUAUUUGUACCAGUAGCCAAUACAGAUCGUAAGAGUCUUAACCUAUUAGUUAAUAAACUUAUGGACUCAGUAAGUCAAUAUCACAACCCAGAUGAUACCCCAUUCUGAAAGCUAAUUACGCCCAAAGAGCGAAAACAUAUCUUACACAUACGAUAUUGAGAUCAGCGAGAAGGGGGCGAAAGAAAAGAAAAUAAUACCAUUACCUGCGGACGUUUACCAUACUCUAAUGGCACCGGGAACUGUUCGCGAGGAGGGACAAGUUAAUUGGGGUGUAGCUCCAGAAGCGGUCUUCAGAGUUCAGGCGGUCUCGAGGUGUGCUUCUACGAUUCCCGGUCAUGAUAAGGCUAUUCUAGCCACUCAAUUUUCCCCCCGAUCCUCCUCAAGAAUGGCCAGUGGCAGUGGAGACAAUACUGCGCGUAUUUGGGAUUGUGACACAGGAACUCCUGUACACACUCUAAAGGGACAUACAAGUUGGGUUUUGGCCGUUAGUUGGUCGCCAGACGAAUCGAGACUCGCGACGGGAAGUUAUGAUAGUACUGUCAGGAUGUGGGAUCCUAAGACUGGAAAGCAAUGUGGCAACCCGAUGAAGGGCCAUACAAACUGGGUUACGAGUUUGGCAUGGGAACCGUAUCAUGUUCAGAAACCGGGAGAGCCAAGACUGGCUUCAGCUUCUAAAGACGCCACUGUUAGAGUCUGGUCGACCAAUCAACAGAAAAUCGAGUUGGUUCUAAGUGGCCAUAAAGGCUCAGUGUCGUGUGUCAAGUGGGGAGGAACUGGAUUCAUAUAUACCGCAUCUCACGACAAAACCGUCAAGGUGUGGAAUGCCAAAGACGGAACUCUCGCGCACUCCCUUAAUUCUCAUGCGCAUUGGGUCAAUCAUCUCGCGUUAUCCACAGAAUUUGUCAUGCGAACAGCGUAUCACGACCACACUGGCAAGAUCCCAGCGACCGAUGAAGAAAAGGUAAAAAAAGCCAAGGAACGUUUUCUCAAAGCCUCCGAAAUUAAAGGCGAGAUCGUGGAACGCCUCGUCUCAGCUAGUGAUGACUUCACCAUGUAUCUCUGGGACCCAGCAAAGCAAAAGAAACCAGUAGCACAAAUGCUGGGUCAUCAGAAACAAGUCAACCAUGUAGCGUUCUCCCCCGAUGGACGACUUAUCGCAUCAUCUGGUUUCGACAACCAUACGAAAAUCUGGAACGCCCGCGAUGGAAAAUUCAUAAGUACGUUGUUAGGCCAUGUAGGCCCGGUCUACCAAUGUGCUUUUAGCCCAGAUUCGAGAUUAUUGGUGACAGCAGGCAAAGAUACUACGUUGAAGGUGUGGGAUAUGAGAACGUACAAACUAGCUAAAGGUGUGUAUAUUCUCUUAGCUCUUUUCAAUGUCCCAGCUGGGAUUUUACAAUCAUAUGCUUUCAAUAUCCUGAUUAGGAAUUGGCAUUCACAUGAUAUCAAUAUCUUAGUUGAGAAUUGACAUUCAUGUGAUCUCAUUAGUCCAAUUGAGAUUCAACAUUCAUCUGAUCUCAUUAUCCCAAUUUGACAAUUAGACGCUUCUCAAGCUUACUCAGUACUUACUAAUAUAAUCAUGUAAUCAUAGAUUUACCUGGCCACAUAGACGAAGUAUGGGCCGUAGACUGGAGCCCCGACGGGGAAAAGGUAGGAAGUGGUGGUAAGGACAAGGCAGUUCGUAUUUGGAGGCAUUAGAUAUCCAAAAAUAUAUAUAUAUAUAAUAUCGUUAAAUGUAGACAUA